UUAGAAGCAGGACCUUUGGAAGUCUCAGCUCUUGCUUUUGAGGACCGAAGCCAGUUUUGCAUGAUAAAAAGUGGCGCCGUAUUUGGAAGACACGCCUCGUGUAUUUUCUGUUGUGCUGGACUUUAGACAAAACUCACCUGGGAAAAAUCUGACAGGCAAUUAACUACUGGAACUUCCAAAUUAUGUAUUUGCUGGUCCUUUUGCUCUCCGCAUAAAUAUUUUAGGAAGUGUAUGGGAAUUUUGCCUCUGGGAACUUUGGUAACAGCCAAAGACUGAACUUAAAACUCUCAAAGCAAGACUCAGAAGAAGAUAGUCUCCCUUGGCACUUGACUUUGGAUUCUGGUCGCCCACUUUUUAAAGCACUAAGCGGUCGGUUGCUAAGAGUCCUGCCCGGGUCUGAGGCCGAUCGGCAAAACUAGAAUUUUCCCCCUCCUGGACUGUUAGUAACUUAGUCUGCCCCCUUCCCCAGCCAGCCCACAGCAAUAAAGCUCCCUGAACUUGUAUGUUGGUCUCCCGGGAGCUGCUUGCUGAAGAUCUGCGCCCCUGUCGCCGUCUGGUAGGAGCUGUUUGCAGGGUCCUAACUCAAUCGGCUUGUUGUGAUGCGUAUCCCCGUAGAUGCCAGCACGAGCCGCCGCUUCACGCCGCCUUCCACCGCGCUGAGCCCGGGCAAGAUGAGCGAGGCGCUGCCGCUGGGCGCCCCGGACGCCGGCGCCGCCCUGGCCGGCAAGCUGAGGAGCGGCGACCGCAGCAUGGUGGAGGUGCUGGCCGACCACCCGGGCGAGCUGGUGCGCACCGACAGCCCCAACUUCCUGUGCUCUGUGCUGCCCACGCACUGGCGCUGCAACAAGACCCUGCCCAUCGCUUUCAAGGUGGUGGCACUGGGGGACGUUCCAGAUGGCACUCUGGUCACUGUGAUGGCAGGCAAUGACGAAAACUACUCAGCCGAACUGAGAAAUGCAACAGCGGCCAUGAAAAACCAAGUCGCGAGAUUCAAUGACCUCAGGUUUGUCGGUCGGAGUGGAAGAGGAAAGAGCUUCACUCUGACCAUCACCGUCUUCACAAACCCACCACAAGUCGCCACCUACCACAGAGCCAUCAAAAUCACAGUGGACGGACCCCGAGAACCUCGAAGACAUCGUCAGAAACUAGAUGAUCAGACCAAGCCCGGGAGCUUGUCCUUUUCCGAGCGGCUCAGUGAACUGGAGCAGCUGCGGCGCACGGCCAUGAGGGUCAGCCCACACCAUCCGGCCCCUACACCCAACCCUCGGGCCUCCUUGAACCACUCCACUGCCUUUAACCCUCAGCCUCAGAGUCAGAUGCAGGAUACAAGGCAGAUCCAGCCGUCCCCACCAUGGUCCUACGAGCAGUCCUACCAGUACCUGGGACCCAUUGCCUCUCCUUCUGUCCACCCAGCAACACCCAUCUCGCCUGGACGGGCCAGCGGCAUGACAACCCUCUCUGCAGAGCUUUCCAGUCGGCUCUCAACGGCGCCCGACCUGACGGCCUUCGGCGACCCGCGCCAGUUUUCCGCGCUGCCCUCCAUCUCCGACCCCCGCAUGCACUACCCCGGCGCCUUCACCUACUCCCCGACGCCCGUCACGUCGGGCAUCGGCAUCGGCAUGUCGGCCAUGAGCUCGGCCACGCGUUACCACACGUACCUGCCGCCGCCCUACCCCGGCUCGUCGCAGGCGCAGGGCGGCCCGUUCCAGGCCAGCUCGCCGUCCUACCACCUGUACUACGGCGCGUCAGCCGGCUCCUACCAGUUCUCCAUGGUGGGCGGCGAGCGGUCGCCGCCGCGCAUUCUGCCGCCCUGCACCAACGCCUCCACCGGCUCGGCGCUGCUCAACCCCAGCCUCCCGAACCAGAGCGACGUGGUGGAGGCCGAGGGCAGCCACAGCAACUCCCCAACCAACAUGGCGCCCGCCGCGCGCCUCGAGGAGGCCGUCUGGCGACCCUACUGAGGCUGCGCACGCGCUCUCCGUGCGGCCGGGCGUCGUCCCGGAAGCGCCUCCUUCGGGCUCCGGCCUCGUGUGCUCGGGAAACCCGCGUGGGCCCGGCCGCCGGCCCUGGGGAGCGCGCCGCUGCCAGCCGCCGUGGUGAUCUUGUUCCGGGCAGGGCCCCGGGGCCGCCUGUGCUUCUCAAGUCCGUGCAGUUCGCAAUUGCCGUUGGCCCAUCUCAGAUUUUUCUAACCUGAUGCAACUUGAGGGUGUCCGCUUCACCACCCCGUGGACACGCUGUAAGGCAAACAGAAAGAUUCCCAGAGGGAAACUGUGAAUGCUUCUGAUUUAGCAAUGCUGUGAAUAAAAGAAAGAUUUU